AUGAUUGAGACGGCAGGUCCGCUCGUGGGUCUCAGACACCAGACUCGCCAUGUGUUGGCUUCCACCGCACCACAACAGCGAUCGUCGGUGUUACAGAAUCAACUUUUAGAAUUACGAGAAAAAAAUUACAGCCUGGAUGACAGUCUGCGUAAGCACAAAAAGGAAUUGACAGAUGCUAAGACAAGGUUACACAAUUUGGAAGAAGAAAAUGGCCGUUACCAGACUUUGAUCAGGACAUCGAAAAAGGCAUCAGAGGUUGAACUUUUGAUUCGUGACAAUAGUUAUCUUCGCAACAAAUUAAGAGACCAAGAAGAAGAUUUUAGACUUCAGAAUAACACUCUUUUGCAGGAGCUGUCAAGGUUGGUUGGUGAAAAUGAGCGAUAUGAGAGACAAGUGGAGGUACUGUGUGGCGACCCAAGUGGUGAACAGGGGGCUGAUGGUGACCACGGCUCAACUGAUGACUCCAAAGAGGUUUUACGGCUACGCGGAGAACUCACGGCAAUGGAAAAGAAAUUAUAUGAGACGGAAAAACAAGCACAGGCAGAAAGUCGUUCACUGAAGGAAAAGAUGUCCAAUUUAAAUUUACAAGUCACUCAGCUAACUAAUAUUUUGAAAACACACUCCAUACCUGUAGAUGAGGGAGAGAUCAGUUUAGCCCAGGGUGGAGGUGUAAGCUUCAAGAAGCUCACUCUUCAAGAUGAUGAUGGACUUGAGACUCACCUGGAGAGACCUGCAGAGACGUUUGAGCAGUACCAGGAGACAACCACCCGGCUACAGUGUGAGGUGGAGAAGGCACAUGACCAGCUGAAGGAAGAAAAAGAAUUGAUAUUGACACUGACUUCUGAGAAGACAAAGCUGGAACUGGACUUACAUAAGGCUGAUGAAAGGUUAGCCAAGUUAGUGGCUCAGGCAGAGGAGAGUAAUGAGCAGGAACAGAGACAGCAGCAGCUGGCCAGAGAAAAGUUAAAGGAAAUGGAAGAAAGUUUAAGGGCAAAUUUAGUGACCAUGCGCACAUCCUUAGAAGAAACACAGACAGCUUUAGAAAAGUCUGAAUUGAACCUCACCGAGAAAGUGGCCCAGAAUGAGUCUCUUGUACAGUCUUCUGAACAGAUGAAGCAAAAGCUGGAAGCUUCAGAGAAUCUCAUCAUAGGAAAAGAAAAGGAACUUCAAGAUACUCAGGUGAAAGUACAAACUUUGACAGACGAAGUUGCUCAUUUGUUAGGAGAGAAUGAUACAUUGGAGAGGGAGAAAAGAGAGUUUCAACAACAAGUUACUGAGCUAAAUGUAAAGUGGGAGUCCCAGCAAAUGGAAUUGGUGGAGCAAACAAAGUUGGCUGAAAGUCGGCGAAAUCUCAUGGAAGAGAUGAAGGUUCACAUGGAAGAGGAGAGGCAGCGACACAAGCAUGAGGUGGAGGACAUCUCUGUUCACCAUGGAGAAGAGAUUGCCACUCUCUCAACCGAAAACCAACAGCUUAAGAAUCAGCUUCAGGAUGUAAACAAAAGGGUAGAUGAAGUAAUGGAUCUGAAGGAGCAGGUGAGGACUUUGGAACAGGAUAAGUGUAAGAUGGAAGAGGAAAAUUGUCAACUUAUGGGAGACCUCAAGGAAGCUCACAAGCAGACUCAGGAGGAGAUCAAUAGGGUGACAGCAGAGAAGGUACAGGAGAUGGAAGAACUAAGCUGGAAGUGGGAAGAGGAAAAGAAAGACUUUCAGACACAACUUGAAAUCAGUACCAUACAGUGUCAGGAAGCGGAGGAAACUGUAGAGACUCUGAAACGAAAGGUUGCAGAUGGAGAGGAAGAACAACGAAUCCAUGAACGCAAAGGCAUGACAUUACUAAAAGACCUUAAAAAGCAACUUGCAGUGGAGAAGAAACGUGCUGAUCGUCUUCAAGAAAAACUAAGCCAGUUGCUGACUGAUCCUGCUCAGUUGACUGCCAUCACAACUAUGUCAGAAGCAGGCGAUGAUGUCAGCAGUGUGUCAUCUUGGUCCAUGGUGUCGGGUGAACCACGAGACUCCUCCACUCGAGAGAACAGCAUCAUCGUUUCCCCACAAGGGUCACCUCCCCCGGGUGUGGUUACUGAGGAAACUGCCUCCUUGGUCAAUCGUGUUACAGACCUUCAGCAACAGAAGUGGCAGCUUGAGGAGCGAAUUACCCAUCUUGAAUCCUCAUCAGCUGCCAUGGCAGAUGAUCUCCUCAAGAAGUCAGCCAUUAUUCAGCACUAUUGCAUGGAACUGAAGAGUCAUGACAGCACACCCUCGACACCUACCUCCCCCCUGCAUCCUGGGUUGAGCGACAAAUUGAACGUUCGUCGUGUGCUGGAAAUGAUGCGAGGAGGUGGCGGGGAGGAAUCCCUGAGAGAGAUUAACCGUCGCUUGCAAGGUCUCUUGGAAGAGACUUUAACCAAAAACAUACAGCUCCACAAAGAUGUUGAGAAUCUGUCCCAGCAGGUCCACCAAUUGUCCAAGUUAGCAGCUGAGAAAACAGAAACAGAUCCUUCUUCAUCACCGGCUCAGAAUAAAUGAAGUUGUAAGAAGACAAAGGUUUGAUAUAUAUAUUUGAAGAAAUCUUACUAGCCUAUACCAAAAAUUAAAAAUUUCUCAUCAUAGUUUUAAACUCUGACAACAGGGUCAUUUGUGAUGGAUCGUUUAUGCAAAAAUGCAUGAAGUAAAACAAAUAUAAAUUAUUUGUCAUGCCUUUCGAUGUAGUAUAUUGUGACGUGAAAAUACCUGUAUUUACUUAUACACAGUAGCACCUAGGAAAUUACUCACCAAUUGUGGAAAUUUAGGUUUGUGGUUGUCAGGAUAUUGCUGGGUCAUACUUAGACUUUAGUUCACUGUCAUUCUAAACUAAUAUUUUGCUUAAAUCAAAAGAGAUAUUUUUAGUUAAGAACUCCAUUGGUGCCAGACAUUGUUUGAUAUGGUGAAUGUGUAGAACAGCGUACAAAUCGAUGACUUUUGUACUUGUUCUUUCUUUGACAACUGGUAUAUAUAUAUUACAGUUUUACCCCGCCUAACGCGGUUUCACUUAACGCGUUUUCGCAUAUACGCGGUGCCUUGCCAAAGCUGAACUUUCACUUAACGCG